AUGCUGUUCGGACUCUGCAACGCACCAGCGACGUUCCAGGCGGAGAUGAACCACAUCAUACGGCCCCUGCCAGACGAGUGCGUAGUGGUGUACCUGGACGACAUACUCAUCUACUCCAAGAAUAUGAAGGAGCGCGUGGAGCUUCUGCAGAAAAUCGGUGAGAUUUUGCGGAAUACUAAAUUCUGCGUCAAGCUGUCAAAGAGCGACUUCGCCCUGAAGAAGGUGCAGUUUCUUGGGCACAUGGUGAGUGCGGAGGGCGUACACGUGGACCCGCGAAAGAUGGAAGUCAUAAAAAAGUGGAAAGUACCGGAGAACGUGAAGGAGUUGCAGCAGUUUCUAGGCUUUGCUAACUACUACAAGAAGUUCGUGCCACACAAGCCAUGGAGCAGCUACAGACAGCACUGUCUACAGCGCCAGAACUCAUCCUAA